AUGUCUAAUUUCGAGCUCGCACACAAGGUCCGGCAUCUCAUCGUUCAACCCGCCGACGAGCGACAGAACCCACCCGAGAGUUACCUCUUCGUCCAAGAUGGCCUCAUCAUCAGCUGCGGUGUGCUCUAUGCACUCUGCUACAUAUUCUGCAUGAUACGAACCUAUUCCGAUAAGUCCUACCCAGGUGCUCGCUGGGGAAGUAUCCAAUUUCUCUGUUUGACAAUGGCGUAUGAGAUCUUCUAUGCCUUCACAACUACGUCUACUCGCUUUGAGAAGCUGGCGUUUUUGGCUUGGUUCGAGCUUGAUCUGAGCUUUGCGAUUGUUGCGCUUCGGAAGGCUCAUACCCCGGCUGAGAGACGGGUCCUCCGUCGGAAUAUGAUCCUGGGCUGUCUGGCGGGAAUAGCAUUCCUCUGGAUGCUGACUCGGAGAUAUCCUGAUGAGCGAGAGCAGGUCACUGCGUAUUGGACCGGUAUCAUCCUGCAACUUCCCAUUGGGUGGAUAUGUCUGUAUCAUUUGUGGAAGGAUCAUAGCACAAAGGGCCAUUCUCUAGAAAUAUGGCUCACGAGGUACUUGGGCUGCUUCACUGCCUAUGGAGUCUUCCUCUGGCGAUACUUUAAUGUCCCUCAGAACUGGAGAUAUGUCUGGACACCCUGGAGCAUUGGGAUUAUUAUUGCCACUCUCAUUCCAGAGACGGUCUAUCCAUUUGUUUAUGUGUGGGCGCACAAGACGCAAAAGGAUAAGAGGGCAUAG